AUGCCACAUUUGGGCUUCAUCAUUGCCACUAUUAUUAUUAUUAUUAUCAUUAUUAUUAUUAUUUGUGUCCCCUCCUGCCUUACAGUGCGGAAACAGGAAAUUAUAAAAGUGACAGAGCAGCUGAUUGAAGCCAUAAGCAAUGGAGAUUUUGAGUCCUACACGAAGAUGUGCGACCCUGGAAUGACGGCUUUCGAACCCGAGGCCCUGGGGAACCUGGUCGAGGGCCUGGACUUCCAUCGAUUCUAUUUUGAAAACCUGUGGUCCCGGAACAGCAAGCCCGUGCACACCACCAUCCUGAACCCCCACAUCCACCUGAUGGGCGAUGAGUCAGCCUGCAUAGCCUACAUCCGCAUCACGCAGUACCUGGACGCUGGCGGCAUCCCCCGCACCGCCCAGUCAGAAGAGACCCGUGUCUGGCACCGUCGGGAUGGCAAAUGGCAGAUCGUCCACUUCCACAGAUCUGGGGCGCCCUCUGUCCUGCCCCAUUGAAGGACCCGGCUGGGGUCGCUGCGGUGUCAUGUCGCAGAGAUCCACUCUUUGUCCUUGGAAAGUGGCUGCUGAUUCUCUCUCUUGGAUUUUGCUGGAAUUCUCCCCAUCUCAUCGAUCGAACAGUUUACCUCUGUUCCUGCAUCGAGAAAAUCUGCUUGUUCACAAAAGCCAUCCCGACUUCAAAGCAAAUGGCCAGCUCUCCCCACCCCCACCCCUUACUCCUGCUCUCUUCCUGACAGGGCAGGGCUUCCUCAGGCCUGAAUACCUGGGGUGCUGGCCCCAAGGACUUCCCCCCCACCACUUCCACCCACUGUUGUUGGCCUGGACUGGCCUUGGCUCCAGCUAUGUGUUCACCAGGCUUGAGGAGGAGAGAUGUGUAGUGGGGGUUCCUGUCAUGGACCUCUCCUCUUCUGGGGUCCCCGAAGAAGUACAGGUGAACCUCCCCCCCAUCCCCAUGGCCAGCCUCCCUGUGGGAGAGUAUGAAAGAAGGGCAGAACAGGAAGCCCUGCCUUCAACUGCUGCCCAGAUCUCCUCCCCUCCUGGGCUGGCCUUCUGGGGGUCUGCUGACCCUUCCCAGUACAGGGAGUUCAACCCCUCACCUGCCCCACUUGCUGCCUCCUGCGAAGUCCACCUGCAACAUUGACCUGCUCACCCACCCUCCAUCAUCUUUGGAGAAUUCCAACUUCAUCAUGUCCGAGAGAGAACCUGAUUGUGUUUCAGGGGCAAAAGAAAGCAACGUUUAGGAAUUACUUCUAUUUGGACCGCAUGCCUUUUUCUAGCCAAACUUCUGUGUAUUUCGUAAAUGGAUUUUGCGUUAAGGAAUAUUUAUGUAAUAACUAAGCCUUUCGAGUUAUGUGAAGAGGGCUGGGUUGGGAAGGGGAUAGAAAGAGGGGUGAGAGGUAGUUUUUAUUCUGUUCUAGGCUUUUUUGGUUUCUUUUGGUCCUUUCUGAGGUGGACUUUGUCACCUGUGGUUAUCUGAGGCUGAGGCGGACUUGGCCCCAGGAAGCAUGGCCUCUCUGCCAUUCUGGUCCUGAGGUGAGCCAGUGCAGGCCUCCCUUCCAAGUGCUAGGUGACUAAGAAACAGUGAGUCUAGGCAGGGAGAGGGCUGAGGCUAUCAGGAUGGAAACAUCCGGGCUUGGCUUCGCUUCUCUCUCAAACUGGGGUCCUUACCACUGAACUUUCCAGGAUUUCCUUCCUCCACAUGUGUGUGGAGCCCCCAGUGCCCCCACCCACCCCUUGGUCUCUGAACAUGGGUGAGCAUGGGCCUUCAUUGCCUCUCUCUACCCUUGGCAUCUGAUGGCCAAAGCAGAGCACUGGAUACUUCUGCCUGCCUUCUAGUCUUCACGCCUCACCCUGAAUCUGGAGUUUCUCUCUCUCUUCCUCUCUCUCUCUCUCUCUCUCUCUCUCUCUCUCUCUCGCUCCUUUCCUCUCUCCCUCCCUCUUGCCCAAAGCUGACUGGUGUGGAAUGCCUUGGUACAUCCACAGGAUCUGCUGUCUGCACUGUUUCCUUUGCAUGACUUUAUAUGCAGUAAGUAUGUUGAAAAAAAUGAAAAGAAGAAAAACACUCAGCAAAAUCAAUCUACAUGUUUUGGAUAAAAAAAAACAAAACACCCAAUAGAGGUUGUAUUCUCAGUGUCCGACUCGGAAUUACAUUGCUGCCUCUCUGUGCUUUUGGCCUCUGUGUGGCCGUGUUUUGCCAGCAUGAGAUACUGUCCCCUCUGGAGGAUCUAGGGGAGGAAGAGCCACAUCCCCUGUGUUAGGGUUUGGAGGACGCUGCAGUGCCCUCAGCCCUCCCGGGUGUUGGCUGGAGCAGAACUAGGGGGAUGUUUAAUCCUGAACUUUCUAGUUCUCCCCCAUCAUGAGUUGUCUGCUGGGCUCUUUUCUUAAGUCCUGCUGCACAGGGACAGGUGAGACAAGCUGGGCUGCAGGCCAGGAAAGGGGCUGCCCAGACCUCUCUUUUGCAAGCUGGCCCAUCACUGGCCUCUGUCCCUGGAAGAGAUCCUGCUGCCCUGUCCUAGAGGGUGUGCUCCUUGCCUGCCCCAGGGCCCAGAGGUCUUCUCAGUAAGGUUCAGUGAUCUCAUUUUCCCAGCAGCAAAACUACCUGUCCCUCUGUGAACUGCCGGUUCCCUAUGGCCAUCCCCAAUCAAAGGUGAAGGAGAGGUGUGGCCUUCACCAGGGGAUGCUACAAUUACCAAGCAAGGUCUGGUUUUUUUCUUCAGCCUCAGUUUCCCCAUCAGUUAAAAAGGAUAAGUGUUCCUAACCCAGACUGAUGGAGAAUCAAAUUGAUGGUGACAUGAGGCUCAGUAUACCUGAGGGGAACUUACAGUGUUCGGCGUUGGCUGGCUUUCUAUUUGCUUUAGGCCUGGCCAGCCCCCAUCCUCGCCCAUACCUGCCCCUCGUUCCCCUCUUUGGUGCCUGUCCAUUGCUUAUCAGCAGUGGACUGCAAGGAAAAGAGAAGUGGUUGGGGGGUUAAUAGACUUCAAUUCUUAGCUCUGACCAGACUUGCUGUGUGACCUUGGGUGAGUCCUUUCCUCUUCUGGGACCUUGGUUUCCCUACCAGAGGAAACAAGAUAAGGAGGACCCCCAAAUCUUGCCUUUCUUUGGCUGUCACACCUCUGUCCACUGUGUGCCUCUCCAAGUGCCAGAAAAGUGGAGGCAGAGCCCUACCCCAGGCUGUGAUGGCCCUUACUGUAGAGGCCACCCCUGUGGGUGAGCAGUCACCGGAUGUAGACCCUGAGGACCAGGGUGACCCUGAGGCAGCAGGCAGGAAACACUGCCCAGAGCCCACCAGACAAACUCUAUGCUCCUCUCAAAUGCCCUCUAGAUGCAAAAAAAAAAAAAAAAAAAAAA